GUGUGUUUGUGUGUGGUCAAAAUUGGGAAAAGGCAAUCCUUCUCCCUCUCUCUCUCUCUCUCUCUCUCUCACUCUCUUGUUUGGCAUCCAAGACAAAGAGUCACCGUGCCUCCAAAAAUGUCUCCUCUCUGUUCACCUCCCACCGCAAUCACUCCAAACUCUCCAGUCUCUCUCUACUCUCGCUCCAAUUUACUAUCUCUCUUCGCCUCCUCCACUACCAGGAAUAAGACUGAUAAUAGUUGGAGAAAUUUCAAGGCGAAAAUGUCGUCUCCUUCCACUCAGGCUCCCUCCGAUUCCUCCCCACCGCUUCCUCCUCUCCCUGAAAAUCCCACCGUCCUAGGAUGUGGAGGAUUGACAAUGGACUUGUUAGCAGCAGUGGAAGCUUAUCCAAAGCCAGAUGACAAGAUCAGAAGCACUAGCUUGAAGAUUCAGGGAGGUGGGAAUGUAGGGAAUGCUUUGACCUGCGCGGCUCGUCUGGGCUUGAACCCAAGGCUAAUUUCGAAGAUUGCAGAUGAUGCUCAAGGUAGAGGGAUACUGAAGGAGCUAGAAGCCGAUGGCAUAGAUACUUCUUUUCUUGUGGUCUCCAAGGAGGGCAAUUCACCAUUUACCUACGUAAUCGUUGACAACCAGACGAAAACUCGCACUUGUAUUCACACUCCAGGAUUCCCUCCAAUGAUACCUGAUGACAUUUCCAAAUCAAGUUUGUUUUCUGCACUGGAUGGAGUGAGACUCGCCUAUUUUGAUGCAAGAUUGCCCGCAACUGCUUUAGUUUUUGGACAUGAGGCAAGGCGCAGGAGUAUACCGAUCUUAAUUGAUGCAGAAAAAAAGAGAGAAGGCUUGGACGAUCUACUCCAUUUAUCAGACUAUAUCGUCUGCGCGGCAAAAUUUCCGCAGGCAUGGACUGAGGCAUCAUCUGUUCCGAGUGCACUUUUGUCGAUGCUUUUGAAGCUGCCAAAUGUUAAGUUUGUAAUUGUGACCUUAGGCGGAGAUGGUUGCAUAAUGCUUCAGAGAAUUGUAACUGAGGGUGAUCAGUCUGAAGAAAUGGACAUUGACAAUUUAUUAGAAUCGUUGAAUCAAAGAAAGGACAGUAACACAGCCAUCCCCACAUGUAUUUCAUCGGCAGAGACAAAAUUGAGGGCUAAUGGCAUAGGGACAGUGCCUGGGCGGUUGUUUAUUGGAACAGCCGAAAAGAUACCACCUUCAGAACUUGUCGAUACAACCGGUGCUGGAGAUGCCUUUAUUGGAGCCAUUCUUUAUGCUAUUUGCGCUGGCAUGCAACCAGAAAAAAUGCUGCCAUUUGCCACCCAAGUGGCAGCUGCUAGUUGUAGAGCAUUAGGAGCUCGAACUGGUCUUCCUCAUCGCACAGAUCCACGACUGGCCCCUUUUUUAUGACAAACGUCCUGAGUAAUGAGCCGGGCCACUGGUGCAACUUGGGAGAGAAAUGGCAUCAGGUUCUAUAACUUGGUGCUUUUUUUUCUUCUCAUUCGUCUGUAGUAGGAUCUCGUGUUGUGUUCUUGACGGAGGAUGGUGGUGGAAUGGUCAAUCCUAUGUUGGAUUUUCAACGUCCUCUUUGUUAGUGUACAUACUGGAGUAUAUGUAUCCAUUGGUUUUGAUCCAGUCCUCAUCAAGAAAUUUCUGUUGUAUUUUCCACCCUCAAUUAAAUGUUUAUUUUUCACUUUAGGAGUCUGAAA